AUGGGAGAGGGAGGGUGUUACUGCGCCGAGGGUCAGGCUGUUGCCAUGAGUUUAUCAACACAUGAAGACCUUUUAAUGACGAUGUAUGAAAAUGGACACACAGACACAGAAAUAUCUUAUCAUUUAUCAGAGCUAGGAAUGCAGAGGGGGAAUUCAGAGCGAAAUAUAAGAAAAUUCCGUUCUGAAAGAGGUCUUAAGAGAAAAUGCAUCUCCGACGAGGAAUUAGAGUUGGCGGUUUCACGAGCAGUGGUAGAGACUGGACCAUAUUACGGGCGUAAAAUGAUGACGGGCUACCUUGCUGCACAAGGUGUUAAUGCAUCAGAGGUCAGAGUGGGACAGACAUUGGCACAAAUGCAUGAACCAUAUCACCGGGCUCGAUGCCAGGGAGCACGGAAUUUAAACCCGGUCCCAUACAAUGCAGAGUAUGUUGGUCACAAACUCCAUAUGGACCAAAAUGAAAAGCUGUGCAUGUUUGGUGUCACACAUGUUAUUGCGAUUGAUGGCUUCAGCAAGAAAAUUGUCGGCCAUUCCACUAUGCCAAUAAAGAACAAUUUAACAAUUUAUGAAGAGGUGUACAAAAAAGCUGUCCAUUCCCAUGGGAUGUGGGACCAGGUCAGAGUGGACCAUGGCACAGAAUUUUACCUAACCCCCUUCAUGCAGGAAAUGUUGGCAGAAUACAGACAUAACCAGCAGAGACUACCUUACCUCCAGACAACAUCAACUAAGAACCACACUGUAGAGAGAAUGUGGCCUGAAGUAAAUAAGCGGGUCAAUUUCCCAAUCAAGAGUGCGCUUUUCCAAAUGGUUGACCAGGAGUCUUUGGACAUGGAGGAUGGGUUGAUGAGGUACUGUGUGUCCAAUCUUACAUGCCAGAUCAGCCAGAUUGGAGUGCAGAGAUUUGUUCAUGCAUUGGAACAGUCAUAAUAUUACUGUCACGGUGGGUAAAUACACUGCUCUCUCUGUGUCUCGUGUAUGGUGUUUACUCACCUGUGAUGUCAUGUGCUCGUUAUCCCGAUUCCCUUCACCUGUGUUGAUUGUCUCACUCCAGCUGCUCAUCAUUACAGACUCUCCAUAUAAACUCACUCUGCUCUCUGUUCCUCGUCAGAUCCUCACUCUUUGUUUGGCCUCCGU